AUGGAAGAGAAGAAGAAAAAGGAGAAACCAGAAGAGCAACUUACAGAACCUGAAUCAGCUUUCCCAGAAGCCUUACUAGAAUUUCAAAUUGAGACAAAAGAAGCAGCAAUUGAUCGGGUUUUGUUUGAUCUGAAACAAGUAGAAGAAAAGAACAAAGAAUGUCAUGAAAGAAAUGACCUUCUGAAGGAAGAACAGCAGGCACAGAUCAGACGCAUACUAAGACAAAUAGAAGAAGAAGAGAAACAACAAGAUGAAAAGGAGGUUGUAACUAGGGAUGAUGUGGAAGAGUCACUGAAAGCAAAAUGGCAGUAUGUUAAGGACAAAGAACAACUACUGAAAGAUCUGCACUCCCAAAUUGAAGAAACUGGCCAAAGACUUUCAGUAAAGCAGGGUGAGAGGGAUUAUUGGUUGGAGUACAAAAAUGUAGGAAGUAAAAUACAGGCCAACAAGAUUAUGAAUCUGGAAAAAGACAUCAAGGAAGUCAAAGAUGACCUUCACAGGGCUACAGAAUAUUACAGAAAUGCUUUGAAAGCAGUGAAAGAAGAAAAGGACAGACUGGUUGAGAGGCACAUGAAGUUAAGUAAGGAACAGGCGCCUGAGAAUGCUGUAAGAUACUUGGACAAAGACAGUCGCAGAGAAAUUGAAGAGAAUGAAUGGCUAAAAGAAGAGGUUAAGAUGUACCAAAAGGAAGUAAGUGAUUUGAAAACCUCUAUUCAGCUCCUGGAAGAAGAAAAUAUCGGUUUAGUGACAAAACUGAUUGAUAGCAGGCUUCAGAAUCUGAGACCACCCAGGCAUCUGUUUCUUACCCAGGCAGCUGGCUUGCAAGAUGAAUUUCCUAAGGAUGAAAUGAAAGAAGUAGAGUAUAGAGAGUAUGCAGCAAAGACAGAUGGAGAUGAAAGCCUCAGAAGUGCCACAGUCUCCUGUCAGAAAAAAAAGGCCUUUGCAAAGAUUCAGUCUAAAACAGAGAAUGAGAAGCCUCAAGAAUGUGAUGAGGAACUGUGGGAAAAGUCCUUCACUCCAACUCUUGAUAGCUUGUUGUAUGAAGAUGAACAUGAUUUCCAGGAAUACUUAAAACUGGGUCCUCUGGAGACAAACCUACUGUGUGUGGUUGGAAGAGCCAUGCCUAUUCAUAAAGAACCAGAAGAAAUGCCAGGCAGGAGCCACGCAGAAGAUGGCAUUAUUGGUAAAUCAGACAGGCACAUCACAGCUCAGAUGAUCAAGGCCUUAUCUAAAGUAAAGGUUGGUUAA